AUGGCUGAAUGGGACGUGCUGGGCCGCCUGCUGGACAAAGUGCAGAGCAACUCCACGGUGAUUGGGAAGGUCUGGCUCACCGUGCUCUUUGUGUUCCGCAUCCUGGUCCUGCGCACGGGUGCUGAGGAGGUGUGGGGCGACGAGCAGUCCGACUUCGUGUGCAACACCGAGCAGCCCGGCUGUGAGAACGUCUGCUACGACCGAGCCUUCCCCAUCUCCCACGUUCGCUUCUGGGCUCUUCAGAUUAUCGCCGUGGCGACUCCGAAGCUGCUCUACCUUGGUCACGUCCUUCAUGUGAUCCACAUCGAGAAGAAGGUGAAAGAGAGGAUGAAGAAGCAGGCGGAGUUGGACUCCCAGGUCAGCCUGUUCCUCAGCAAGUCCUACAAAGUUCCCAAGUACACAAAGAGCACCGGCAAGAUCAGCAUCCGCGGCCGCCUCCUCCGCAGCUACGUCCUCCAUCUUGUGGCCAAGAUCAUCCUGGAGGUUUUGUUCAUCGUGGGCCAGUUCUAUCUCUACGGCUUCACCCUGGAGGCGCGCUACGUCUGCGCCACCGACCCCUGCCCGCACAAGGUGGACUGCUUCCUGUCCCGGCCCACGGAGAAGUCGGUCAUCAUCUGGUUCAUGCUGGUGGCGACGGUGGUCUCCUUGGUCCUGUGCGUGAUGGAGCUGCUCUACCUGUGCGUGAAGGCUGUGAAGGAGUGCAUGACCAGGAGGCAGCACUACACCGUGACCCCGGUGACGCCUCCGUCCUCCGAGAGGAAAAUGUUUAAAAGCCGGGACGCGGCCAUCCAGAAUUGUGUCAACGUGGAGCUGGAGCUGCAGGGACAAAUGGUGGGUGUGAACGGGGUCAAAGGUGGGGUGAGCAAGGUCGUGAAGACCGUACCAUCUGAGAAUGACAUGGGGGAGGUCCACAUCUGA